UUUAGAAUACAGUUGUUUAGAAUACAAUUAUUUCUUAGUAAAUUGUUUAAUUAGUUAAUUGAUUUUGUUUGGGUUUUGGGUGUGUCUGGUGUAUAAAUACAUGGACUCCAGGUAGCUCAGGAUGGAAAGUGGGUGGGCUUAUGGUUUUUUACCAGUCUGCCAGUGCUGCAGUCUGGCAGUCUACCAGUCCUUUCAGGAAGCAAGUCACUCAGCCUGGUUAGUCAGUGAGUAGCAGGUGAAGCGAGCACAAAGGCUGAAACCAGGGCAGCCAAGGCAGCAAGUAGUUUUUCAGUUUGUAUCAUGUUUAUUUUUUCCCUGAAGAGGCCUGGAAUAAACUCUCAGAACUGCAUUUUUUGACGUAUUUUGAGAAUUUUUUGUACUGCGUAAACCCGGAAACCCACUAUUCAUCAAGUAACUAUUUGAUUUACAUUUAAUUUUUGUUCGUUUACUUUUAAGUUUUUCCAUAGACAAGUAGUCACUACAACAAGUAAAAAACCCGGCCUUGGACCUUUGUUUUCAACGAUCUCAAAUCUGCUGAUGAGUGGAUGGUAAAGCCAUGGAGGAUUCCACUUCUUUGUUCUUGGACAAUGUCAGGAGGAGGAAGUGCCACGCCCACAAGCCAUGAGGUGCCUCAGAUAUAAGCCACAAACACUCAUGUCCCUCUUCGAUGACAACGUUCAAGUUAGGAGUCCAAAAACCAACACAACUGUGCAGACAUAUGCAUUUCUGGACCCGGGCAGCACAGCAACAUUCUGCACAGAAAGUCUGGCCAGAAGGCUGCAACUGAAGGGCAAGAGAACAAGCAUUCAGCUGCAAACGAUGGGUCAUAAAGACAUUGUGAGUACAAACAUCAUCUCUGGACUGCAAGUAGCAGCGUUUGAUAAAAAUGAUUUCAUUGAGCUUCCAGAUGUCAUGACACAAAAACGAAUGCCUGUUUCAAAGCGAAAUGUUCCACAACAGGAGGACAUUAACCAGUGGCCAUACCUGCAAAGUAUCAAGCUCCACAACUUAGAUGCUGAUGUAGAUUUACUCAUUGGCACAGACGCACCUAAAGUAAUGGAGCCGUGGGAGCUGAUAAACAGCCAGGAUGAUGGCCCAUAUGCAGUUUGGACUCGAGUUGGAUGGGUCAUCAAUGGACCACUUAGGAGUGAAAGGAGAAAGACAGACUGUCAUGCUUUCACCGCAAACAGGAUUUCUGUACAAAAUCUGGAAACAAUGUUGAUUGAACAAUAUAAUCAUGAUUUCAAUGAAAAAACAUCCCAAGAACAGAUUGAAAUGUCCAGAGAAGAUAUCAAGUUUAUGGAUAUCAUGAACAAUACAGCACAUUUAAUCAAUGGACAUUAUUGCAUUGAUUUGCCUUUUAAGGCUGAAAAUUCCACCUUGCCAGUGAACCGCUGUAUUGCAGAGCAACGUCUUCAAAGCCUUAAAAGGAAGUUUGAUAAGAGCAUCACCUUCAAGAAAGACUACAUUGCAUUUAUGGAUGACAUGAUAUGUAAUGGAUAUGCUGAAGUUGUUCCAAGUGAUCGCUUAGUGGGCAGUGAGGGAAAAGUGUGGUAUAUACCCCACCAUGGUGUUUAUCACCCCAGAAAAGGCAAACUACGAGUUGUUUUUGAUUGUGCUGCAACAUUCAAGGGGACCUCACUGAAUUGCCAGCUGUUACAAGGAAGGACCAGAUCUGACCAACUCAGUUGUGGGAGUCCUUGUGCGCUUUAG